CUCGAGCGGAAUGGACCUACUGUGUGUGCGUUGACCGGUAUCAGGAUAGAAUAGGAUGUUAACGGACGUGAACCCGGUGACCAGGGUGGCAGGGCCACUCUACAGCACUCAUCAGUUGCCUAUCAACAAAUCUGUGCCUGAUCUACAAUCUGCGUUAGGAGGCAAAGGCGGCUGUAAUGACUCCUGGCCCAGUGAGCAAGAAAUCAUGGAGCACCCCGGACUGCGGGGCACCCCCUUGGCCAUGUUGGCCGCCCAGUGUAACAAGCUCUCCAGCAAAUCUCCCCCGCCUCUCGCAGAUGCGGCGGUAGGCAAGGGAUUCCAUCCGUGGAAGAAGAGUCCCCAAGGAGGCGGCCAAGGACCCGGGAGUCCCACGGGAGCUCGCCCCACCACCACUUCGGCCCCUACUUCCAUGGGGAACUCUUACCCCAGCAGACCCGUCAUGACAUCCUGCGGCGUCACUGGUGGUUACUCCAGCGGCGACUUCUACUUCCCAGGCGCCACGGCGCAACCCUCCGAGAACUCCCACCAGGCGGCACUCCUCAGCAAGGUGGAAGGCGCUGCGACGCAUCACGCUGCUUUGGGUUCUGUGUACUCGAGGCACCCCUACGAGUCGUGGCCGUUCAACGCGAUGCCAGCGGCGACGCACCACGGUGCGAUGAAACCGGGGGACACGGGAGGCACGUGGUGGGACGUCCACUCGGCGACCGCCGGAGGGUGGUUGGACAUGAGCGGGGCUGCUGCAGGCAUGCACGCCCAGAUGGCGGCGGCAAACUACGCUGCAUCCUCGGACUACUCUCUGAGCCACACGCUGGCAGCUAGCAACACCGCUCACCUGUUGUCAUCCGGGCAGCACCUCCUGCAGGACACUUACAAGUCGAUGUUGCCCGGCCAAGGGUCCUUCGGGCUGAGCCACCACCACCACUCUUCGUCUUCGACACCCACCACAGUCACCACGCCCAACACCCAAGUGCCCUCCCCUAGGUCGCAGCGCCGCUACACGGGGCGGGCGACCUGCGACUGCCCCAACUGCCAGGAGGCCGAGCGCCUAGGGCCCGCGGGCGUCCACCUCCGCAAGAAGAACAUCCACAGCUGCCACAUCCCUGGGUGCGGCAAGGUGUACGGCAAGACUUCCCACCUGAAGGCGCAUCUCAGGUGGCACACGGGGGAGCGACCUUUCGUCUGCAAUUGGCUCUUCUGCGGCAAGCGAUUCACCAGGAGUGACGAGCUGCAGAGACAUCUCCGCACCCACACAGGCGAGAAGAGUGUGGUGUCCACAGGUUCGCCUGCCCAGUGUGCAACAAGCGGUUCAUGCGUAGUGACCACCUCGCCAAGCACGUCAAGACCCACAACGGCAACGGGAGCAAGAAGGGGAGCUCAGACUCCUGUUCGGACUCCGAAGACAACUCCCAGCCCGGAGGUGUGAGCUCUCCCCACGGCUCCAUGGACCACACGCCGCCCCCUGGCCCUCAUCUCUCUCUCGACGUCGACGUCAAACCCCCAGGCCUCGUCUGAGGCAGGUGGGGUCCGGCGCUCUUCUACCACCACCCCCACUAGCGCCUGGACCCCCUCCUCGUCUGAGACCUCGCUGGCUGCCCUGGUUCUCAAUCUUCUUCUGAGUUCUCCUCAAGUACAAAACAUCAUUGGAAAUUUAAUGUAAUAACUGGUUUUUAAAGCAAUGUCGAAAGUGGUUUAGAUAAUAUAGAGUUCUUCAGUAUUCAAAAUUCCAGUAUUCGUGUCAGAAAAUCGAAACCCAUUCACUUUCAUUCACUUCAACAAGAUAGCAUUCACACAAUUUUUAAAAAAAUCUGAAGAUUUGAAACAUUUUGAAUUCAGAAUUAAAUAUAUAUCUAUCAAAAUAAAUAAUCUUCCAAACUCCAGUAGUAACGCAAGAACUAGGGAUCAUUACAAGUUUCAAAUGUGAUCAAGACAAAUUAAAAAAAGAGAAUUAUUUCUAACAGUAAAAUACUAUAGGAUUUUAAUCUGUUAGAUCUGACUUUUAAUUAUAAAUUUAGAACGUGAAAAAUUUUUGAAAAAGAUCUCUUUUAUGUUGAUGAGCUAGAGUACUGCAGAAGUCAAAUAUUCCAUUGGCAGUAGUAUUGUCAAAACUUAAUUUGAGAACUCUAAAUUAUCUCCACCCAUCUUCGACAAUUCGUGCCUUUGUAGAGUUUUCAAUAAUUCAGCACUUUUUUAAUUUAUUAAUUUUAACCGUGAUUUUACUCACCUCGAGCAGCACAGCCAGAGCUCUCCCCGUGCCAUGGGAACAGUUGUAUUACUCCUGUGAUCAACGACAUGAUGAUUCGCUCCAACUGUAUCAUAGACUUGUUAAUAAAUCGAUUGUUUUAUAUCAGUCACUAGUGUGUGUACAUAGCAGUAUAGUGUUGUUAUACAUCGAUCCCGGCCUUAUAUAGGCCGUUGUAUAUAACUUAUCCAUUUACUUUAUUAUAUACCUAAUACUUGUUGCCAAUUGUGUAAAUAUGUACGGUAGCAACCGUUGACAUUGACAUCACAUAUCAGGGAGUAGUACUAUUUUGAUGGGAUUUUUAAGUACAGUUGUGAUAAAUAAUUAUUUCCGUGAAUUUCGUCACCAUUUAGAAUUUUUAUGGACAUAUUAGGUUUUUAUAUUAAACCUUUAUAUACUAAUACUUUUUAGAAAAAUAAUAUUUUUUUUAAAUUUAAUUUUGAAAACGCUUAAUUUAAAUGAGAUUUCUAAUAUUGGAAAAUAUAAAUGAGUAUUUAAAACAUUAAAUUUACUCAGAUUCUUGGUUUAAAACCUAUUAAACACUAUAAAAAAUGUUUAGUCUUAAUUAAAUAUUUUUUAAUUAAACAGUUUCUAUUACAUGUUUUAGGUGUGGUUCUACGAAUUGUAACCAUACUUUUCAUCAACCAUAACAACAUAUUCAUUUCAAUGUAACAUUUAUAUAUUUAAGUUUAAUCGUUAAAGUACUUAAAUAAAUAAUAUUCUAAAAACAGUAUUCCCCCUUUAUUUUCAUGCUAAAAAUUUAAUUUUUCUAAAAUAAUUAUUUUGUUACAUACAUUUCUAAACAUCUAUUCAACGACAUUGAAUUUAUUUAACACAACAGUUCAUAUUAUUUCUGAUUGGUGUACUAUAUAUAAAAUAAAUUGACGAUACAUUUGUUUGCCAUAGUAUAUCGAAUUAUUAAGAGAAUCACUAGUGUAAUCUUUACUGUGAUGAUAGCUGUAUGUAUUAUCGAUUUACGGAUGAACGGUAAUAUUGAUAUCAUAAUAAUAUAAUAUUAGCAUAAUUUCAAAACUUUAUCAUCUAGUACCUAACGAUAGUGUGUUUUGUCCUUAGCAAAAUUUUACCUCAUAGAUUUGUGUUUAGUUUAAUUAUUUAUAAAAAAUAUUAUUUUGAACGUUUUGAUGAUUAUAUCGUAGAAAAAUAAAUCAAAUAGGUUGCUGAAGUUUAUUUUGUUUACAGACAGAUGUAUUGUAUGUACUAGAAUAAAAAUUUGUAAAUUCAGUAUGUACUUUCGAAUACCAUUGACAUAGUACUGUGAACCCUAGAGCGGCCGAACUCCGCCCCUGACCAACUGGUACCGACAGUGUCAUCAUCAAUAAAUCACUUAAAGAAUCAAA